UUCUAUGAGCCUAUGUUCCAAAAAAAAGGUGUUUUUAGAAGUCACUUGGUCGAGUUUUGGAUUUUUCUCAUGCCUUGCUGCGCGCAGUUGUUCCUGUUGUGAUUCCAUAGCUAACAAAUGAGGACAAUUAAGUUAGAUGGGCUACAUGAUUAAAUUCGAUGGUGAAAGAUGAUGACCCAUGCACCAAAAGAAGCUUCUUCUUCUUCUUCUUCUUUUGUAAAAUUUUCCUCAUCUCCUCCAUUCCUCGAAGCUUCCUCUCCUUUUUGUUCUCUUGUAGUUGUUGGUGACCAGUCAUCAUCUCUGGCCCUGCAGAAUCGUUUUUUUCCUGAUUCAACUCCUCCCACUCCAUCCAGCUUGACUGCGGCUUCAGCAAGGUCCUGCAGAACGCUUGUCUUCUAGCUUCCUCAUCAUAUUCAGGUAACAGCCCUCUGUCAAAUUUCAUCAAUUUGAAGUUUGUUCAAUACUGGUUUGCAAAUCCAUAUUGUUAAGCCGAAGCUUUUUUUAUGAAAAUUGAUUUGAUUUGUGAAAAACCGAAAAUCACGCGUUGUACAGCUUGAAGUUGUUUUCCCUUGUCUCCAUUGUUCAACAAAUUAAAGAACCAGUCUGUUAGUCGCUGGUAGCUCGUCAUCCGGAGCUGCAGGAUUGUUGCACGCAGGAUGUACCUUCGGUGAAUAGCCGAAGCUUCUAGUUCUUAUCACUUGAACAAGAACAAAUCUGCAAGGCAUAAUUGUUUUCAUCUCCUAUUCUGGUUUGGAAGCGUACACUCGUUAUUCCAAGUACUGAAGCAAGUGCACACAGCCAUCAUGGCGGAGGCUGUUGUAGGAGUUCUGGUCAGCAAGCUCGGUGCGGCCUUGGCAAAAGAGGCAGCAACUUAUGGUGCAUCCCUGCUUUGCAAGGAAGCUUCUGCCCUAAAGGGUCUUUUCGGUGAGAUCCACAAAGCCAAGGGUGAGCUGGAGAGCAUGAAGGCAUACUUGCGUGAAUCAGAGAAGUUCAAAGAUACCAAUGAGACCACUGGCAUAUUUGUAAAGAAGGUUCGUGAAUUAGCUUUCCGUAUCGAGGAUGUUGUCGAUGAGUUCUCAUACAAGCUUGAGGAUGGCAAGCAUGGAGGUUUUGUAGCCAAGAUGACUAAGAGGAUCAAGCAUGUCAAAAGUUGGCACCAUCUAGCCGUCGAGCUCCGAUAUAUCAAUACCGAGCUCGAAGAGGCUACAAAAAGGAGGGACCGUUAUGUCAUCCCAGAAAUGCAGAGACAAGAUGGAAGUGGUGACCAUCGUGCUAAACCCAACUAUCAAACUUCGUGUUUUGCGAGAGAAGAGGAUAUAGUGGGCAUUGAAUAUUAUGCAGACGAGCUCCAGCGGUGGCUUCUAGCUGAUUUGAAGGAAAGGAGCAACAUAAUCACCACAAUUUGGGGGAUGGGCGGAGUAGGUAAAACUACAUUGGCUGAUCAUGUCUAUAACACAGUGAAAGUGAAAUUUGAUGUAGCUGCAUGGGUAACUGUGUCAAAGAGUUACCAAGUUGAGGACUUGUUGAUAAAGAUUGCUAGAGAGUUCGGCAUCUCAACAGUUGACGGUAGCAAUAUGGAAAUGAGAACAGUAGUUGAGGUCAUCCGUAACCAUCUUGAAGGUAAAAAGUAUAUCUUGGUUUUGGAUGAUGUUUGGGAACAAGAUGUGUGGAUUAAUAAUGUCAUGCCUGUAUUCCCCACUAAUUGUACCGGCAGAUUUGUUCUCACAUCAAGAGUAUAUGAAGUAGCAUCAUUGGCAACUAAUGAAUGUUCAAUUCAGCUGAAACCACUACCAGACAAAAGCUCUUAUAAGUUAUUUUGCAAGCUAGCCUUUUGGAAUAAUGGUGAAAAAACUUGCCCUCUGGAGUUACGGGAUUUAGCUGCAAAGUUCUUACAAAAGUGCGAAGGAUUGCCUAUUGCUAUUGCAUGCAUUGGGCGCCUAUUAUCUUGCAAACCCCCAACUUACUCUGCUUGGGAAAAUGUUUAUGAGGAAUUAGAGCUGCAGUCGUGUAAAAGUGCGAUCCCUGGUGUCGAUACCAUUUUGAAAGUCAGCUUCGAGGAUCUUCCAUAUGAGUUGAAGAACUGCUUCUUAUAUUGUGCAAUAUUUCCAGAGGAUUAUGAGCUGAAGAGGAAGAGGUUAAUACGGCACUGGAUUACUGCUGGAUUCAUCACUGGAAAAGAGAACAAAACACUAGAACAAGUGGCAGAGGGGUACUUAAGUGAGCUUGUAAACCGAAGCCUACUACAAGUCACGAGGAAGAAUGUGUUUGAACAAGUGAAAUGUUGCCGAAUGCAUGAUGUCAUCCGCUGUGUUGCCCUUGACAAGGCAGAGAACGAAUGCUUUGGUAAAGUUUAUGGGAGCUCUGGGACAUUUUCUGUUGAUGGCACCCGUCGAAUAUCAAUACUGAGCAAAAAUAUUGAACCUCUAAGUCAGUCAUGUACUACACAUCUCCGUGCAAUCCUUGCAUUUACCAGUGACGUUAAUGUUUAUUUGCUCAGACGUAUCCUUGCGUCUUCAAGGUUACUAUCAACACUGGAUCUGCAAGGUACUCACAUCAAGAUGUUGCCUAAUGAGGUCUUCGGCCUUUUCAAUUUGCGGUUUUUGGGUCUUAGAUAUACUAGAAUUGAGAUUCUACCUGAUGCAGCAGGAAGAUUACAAAAUCUAGAAGUACUGGAUGCAUGUGGUACUGCUCAACUAUCUUCACUUGAAGAUGUACGAAGACUAACGCACAAUAUAAAAGCUCUCCGACAAGUCAACGGAAUCAAGGUGCCUAGGAGCAUUAGGCGCCUGAACAGGCUUCAUGCUCUGCAAAAUGUUAAAGCAAGCUUAGAGACUCUCCAUGACAUCGCAGCUUUGACGGAGUUAAGAACAUUUGCAGUUAGCGAUGUGAAAAGUGAGCACUCUUUAAACUUGAGCAGUGCUAUCAUGAAUAUGAGCCAUCUUGCACAUCUCUCAGUUGCUGCAUCAAUAGAACAUGAAGUGUUACCAAUGGGAGGACUCGCCUGUUUACCCAAGGAUCUGUACAAACUUGAACUGACAGGGCCGCUAGACAAGGCAGAGGUGGCUCAGGUUUUCUCAUCCUGGUCGCACCUUAAGAACCUCACCGUGUUGAAUCUGAGAUACUCCAGACUUGACAAAGACUCAUUUUCUAGCCUCGUAGAGUUACGUGGUUUAUGUUCUCUUGGACUUUCGUGGGCUUAUGAUGGGAAGAAAGUGUGCUUCCCCAAACAAUCAUUUCCUAGACUCCGAAUAUUGAAGAUAUUGGACGCUCCGCAGCUCUACGAAGUCGAAAUAGAAGAAGGUGCACUGGAGAGCCUUGUACAGAUUGUGUUUUCAAAGUGCCCAGAAAUGAAGCUUCUUCCUCCAGGUAUUAAAUACCAUUACAUAUAUUCAUACGAACGUUAUUGAUUGAUGAGCCAUCUCCCAGGUUUGUAAUAAAAAAAACAGAUGAUUCCCACACGUUGUUGGGGAUUUAUAUAUGGUCUUCCUUUUUUCAUACAAGAUAGAAAUUAUAACAAAAUGAUGCAGCGAAUAGUUUUCAAACAUAACAAGUCUUCAUGUGACAGUCGGAUAUUACAAUGGCUUUGUAAUAAACAAAAUUAUUGUGGCUUCAACGUCCAUUUAGAGGUAGCAUCGAGUUUUUUUGUUGUUGUCUUCCUUUGUAAAAUGUUUUUGUCAACUACUCCUUCUGAUUUAAAACAUUUGUCAUCAUUAAUUUUUCUCGCAACGUUUGACCAUUUGU